CAGUGCAAGUGUGUGUUCUCGUGGUGUGUUAACAACCAUCGAAAGUGAAAAAUAAUAAUCAGAAAUUAAAAAGCAAAGCUGCUACUCACAAAAAAUAUAAUAACCCCUUCAGCAUAACAAAGUGGAUUUACAAUAUACGAUAUCUAAACUCAAACAGGUGGCAACAGUAGUGGUUUUUACAGAACUGUAAUAUUCCUCUCUCACUGGCUGAGUGAUAAAGAAAACAAUUACAAAGUUAAUGUGGGUGUCUGAUGGAGCACACUUCCAGAUGUAGUGGUGAGAGAAUAUUUGUUGCUCAUAGAAGAGAAAUGCUACAGUGCUCCGCAAUGUGCAAUGACAAAUGUAUGGAAUAAAGUGGAAAGUGAAAGAAAUAUUUAUGUAGUUAACACACUCAUGUCAAGUGAGCAGAGCAAACGAGCCAAACAAAAAUAAACUCACUCAUAUACGGACGCACACAUAGGCGUGGAAAAAAACAUCAGCCUGAAUGAAAGCAACAAACAUUAUAGAAUGAGAUUGUAAGAAAACAAAGUAGAAACAAAAGAGAAAUACAAAGUGUCAAAUCACAAUACAAAAGUGAGGCGACAAGAGCACAGCAAAACACAACGGUUAAUAUUCUAGUGAAAUAAAACCCAUAUAUAUUUGUAUAUAUAUUGAACAGAACAACGCAAUGUGAAGAAUGAAUGAAAUUCAAAUUAGUUGUAAAACAGUUUAACUGAAAUAUUAAGUGUAGUAGUUUAGUUAAACAGUGCCUAAAUUACUAGUGAGUGAAUAACAAACUGAGUCAGAGGCAAAACGUAAUUGUGGAAACGAAAUUUAUAUUAAAAACCCCCCAAUCAACACCGCGCCACAUUUCUGCGAUCAUGGAUUUCCAAUCAAAUUUGGAGUUUUUAUGCCGCGUUUGUGCUGCCAAUACCAAAGGCAAAAACUCCGUGGCUGAAUGUGUUUACAUUUUAAAAACACCUGGACUACGAGACAAAUUGGAUAAAUUUCUCUACUUAAAGAUCUUUGAAAAUGAUGCCUUGCCAAAAGUUUUGUGCAAAUCCUGCUUUCGCCAGGUGGAGGCCACUGCGUCUCUAUCAAAGAUUGCCAAACAUACACAACAAGUUUUCCGAGAUUUCCUAUUCAGCAGCCUGCCCAAAGGUACAACCACUACGACCAAUGCCGCCCCUACAGAUAACAGCAAUAGUACGGAGUAUACCUCAUCCGAUUUCCUAAGCAAAAAGGAUGCACAAAAAGCUCAAAAACCCAGUGAAUUGCCUGCAGGCUCAACAGUUGCCACAACUUCUGCAGCAGCCAGCGUAACGCAUUUAGUCUCACCACCGCCGCCCCCAGCACCACCUACCUUGCAGAACCUAAUACCAGCGGGGCAUACUACACCGCGCAAAGACGACGUAAUUGUAAAUGUAUCCGUAUCCGAUCCACUGACCCGAGAGAAUCAACAAAAAGUCAUCUCGCAUUCACAAAGACGUCACAGUAUAAUGAUUGAAGCCUCCUCGGCGGCGGCCUUUGCAAAUCUGGCUCAGAUGCAACAGAAGAAAAAUGCGACAGUCAAUAGUGGACGUAAGUCUUCAAGCCCAGCUCGUGUUUUGAAUUACUGUCCCAUAGCUCCAAAAAACCUGCAAGCCUCACAACAACCCACACAAAUCACCACCUUCUCCAGUGGGGGCUAUGUCAUAGGACCUGUGAAACCUCCAACUAUAAUAGGACCAGAAAUUGUGGUGGCCGUUGAAAAGGAUAGUGCCAAGAAGACAACGACACCUUUGGCUCCUGGCACUGCCAUAACUGUCAAGGAUAAUACCAUCUUGCAACAGAAACGCAAAAAUCUGGUCAAGGCUUUAAACAACAUCAAGGCCAACAGCACGGGCCAGGUUUCCUUGCUAAAGAGUGCUCAACCCAAACAGCAAUCAUUGCUUAUAUCCAAUCAAAUGCCUUUGGAGCAAAGCAAGCAGGCCAUUGCGGAUGAAUUGCCGGAUCGUAUUAUCAUAGCAGCACCCAAAAACAAACAGGCCAGCACAGGUAAUAAGGUGGCUUCAAAACCCAGCGAAGACAACAUUGUCACUACUGCCUUGCCGGCUAAUACAACGGUGACGGUAACAACAACAGACACAACAUCAGCUAGUAACGCCUCAAGUACACCCGAAGCUCCUAAGGCACCCAGCUUCCCUGAGGAUAUUCUAUUGGGCAGAGUUAUAAGAGACAUAGAUUUGCUAAAGCUUAUCCUAAAGGCCUUAAAGUGGCCGGUCAAUAAGCAAAAUAUGGAGCUGCAAUUGCAGCGUCUAAAGAAUACCCGUUUCACUGACAUCAUGUCCGAUUCAAAUCUCUUGCAGGACACUGAUUUAACCCAGUUAUUGGGUCCCUACUUGGCUCCUGUGUUGAUGGCAGCCCAGGCUUUGCAACAGCAACAACAAUUGGUUAUGAAAAAUCCAACGCCCUCUGCCUCCAAGAAAACCAAUGUCACAACGAAUGCCAACAACAGUAAAUCUGCCAACGUAGCUUCUGCUAUGAACUCCAAACCCAUAUCCUUAGACCCUACCGCUGAGGAAAUCAAUAAAGCCAUGCCUUACAAAUUGCCACCCGAAACAUCGGUACAGCUGGUGCCAGCAUUACCAGAGGAAAUGACACAGUCUAUAGCAGGCAAAAGGUCUCUAACUAAAGAAACUCCCCUAACCCCUGCCACAGCAAACACUGCUAAGCGCCAACGUAAAUCCAACACACAAAAACAUCGUGAUUCCAUUGUGAUCUCCGAUGAUGACAAUGAGGAAGUUAGUGCUGAGAAGUCGCAAAAACCUUCCUCCAGACCACGAAACCCAGUGAAUAAUUUCGAAAUUGAUCUCUCCAAUCCCAGUUUUCUGGCUCAGUUAAGCCUGCUCAAUGGAUCUUCUAGUGAAUUGGCCAAUGAAGCCUUAAUGGCCUUGCUGCAGAAACAAAGGGUAACCAUGUCGCGGCAACAGAAACCUCCAAAAAGGCGCCAUAAUAGUUUAACAAGUGUGGAUGCUGCUGCCGUGCAGAAUAGUAACAACGCCAAUGAAUUCGAUGCCUUAAUCAACAUCGAUGAUGAUAUUGUGCUAAUGGAACCUGUCACCACUACCACCACAGCAGUUACCAACAAACCAGCGACUAGUACAACAGUGGUGGCAGCAGCGGAUGCAUUAAAAACCCAGGCACCGACCACUGGGUUACCAAUUGAUCUCAAUAACUUUGUUAUGCCAGGCCAGAUGCAUAAUACGGCACCGCUUAUAACCCGUCCCAUAAUAAAGCGUAGGAAAACUGUUAUACAAUCAUCACGUGCAAAUAGCAAGGACAACUCUUUGUUAUCUACCAUGAACAAGGAUUUAAUGAACAAAUCUGAAACAACACAGACCAGUGCCAUAAGUACAAAUUUAGCAAAUGUGGAGAAAUUGAAAGAAAAAGAUUUGCAAUCACCAGCAAAGGCUGCUAACGGCAACGAAGUUAUGGCUGUUUGCCUAACCAGCGGCAGCACGGAAACAUCACCCUCCAAACAGGGCUCUCGCAAACAACAAAAUAAAUCAGCCUUGGGUCAACAGUUGUUAGAAGCCAUAGGUUUGCAAAAAAUCAAUUCCAAAGCCUCGCUACCACUGCAAUAUAUUGCUGCUGCGGGCAGUACCACCUCAAUGGCGAACUCUUCCGACUCUUCCAAUGUAGCGUCACUUGUCAAUACCAAACAAUCGGUGCAACAGAUACGUUCAGCUCUCAAAAGAUCUCUGAAACAAGCUCAAGAGAAACAAGAAAUGCGUAGCAAGGAAAUAUCCUCCACCGUUUCCACCACAGUCAUACAGGAUGCUGACUCCACAACUAAACCUGCCAUCAAGGAGAUUGUCAUCGAACACCGCAGCAACAAAGUAUCAAACAGCUCUUCUUCCAACGUCGAUGUGGAGGAACAAAUCGAUAAGAUUACCUUGGUUAAGAGCCAAAAUACACCUGCAACCCAAACGACAUUAGCGUUGGAUAAAGCUGAGACCAAGAAGGAGCAGCGGCAGCAACAGCAGGCAGCCAAAAAACGGGCUUUAACUGCUGCGCGCAUAACAGAACGCCGCUGUACUUUACCCUCAUCGGUGGGUAGAGGUCGCUUUACUCUGAACACAAAGGUGGAUAAGGAGAAGGCCCUCAUCAAUGGGCCGGCUGAAACUAUUGUCGUCGCCGAGACGAAAGAGCCACAAGAGAAGGAGAAAAUAAAUUCCGAUAAUAUGGUCGUGGAUGGCAUAAAUGUCAGUUCCUCUAACAUAACCUCAACUGAAGUGAUUCAAACGAAGGAUGAAGGUGUAACGGCACCACGUCGCCGAGGGCGUAAACGAAACGCAGACAAAAUUGAUGCCAACAAAACGGAAAGCGGUUCAGUAGAAAACGACAAAGAAAAAGAGAAUGGAAAACAGCAGAAGGAUAAGGAGAAUCACAAUGAAAAGGAUAAAGAAAAGGAGAAAGACACCAGCAAGGAUAAAGAUAAGGAUAACAACAACGGCAAAGAAAAAGAUAAAGAAAAUCAAAAAGGCAAGGACAAAGACUAUGAAAAGGAUAGUAAAUCAUCUUUAGAGAAAUCUAAGGCAUUGGAAAAGAACAAAGAUGAACAGGAUGAGACCUCAAGCAAUUCGGGUCGCCCUACCAGACAGAGUAAAACUCAGUCGAAAUAUUACAAAGGUCCAGAUAAAGUGCCAGCUGCUGGCAGACGUUCAUUACCGGCAAGAUCUACUAGAAAUAGAAAAUAUACUUAAUUUAGUAUAAUAUUUCAAAAUGAUAUGCAAUUUUAUGAAUUGUAAGUAAGUACAAGUAAUUUUCAUGCAAUUGAGCAAAAAAUCUGUGUUUCUUAAAUUUAAGAAAAUUAAAAUAUGGGUCUUAUGAUACC